AUGCCUGCACCUCCGAGAAUUCCGGAGCAAGUGGUAGUGGACUAUUUGCCAUUUGUCAAGGAACUCCGAGCUUUGGGCACUCCGGAGUUCGAGGGUUCCCUCAGCCCUGAGGCAGCAGAAGACUGGAUGAUCAAGAUCACCCAUCACUUCAACUACAUCAGGUGCCCGCUGGGGUACCGUACGGAGUUAGCGAGCCAUCAUCUGGCUGGCGGCGCUGCUCGCCAUUGGUGGGAGGAGGUUGUACGAGAAGCUCCCGCAGGACACCAGUUCUCGUGGGAAGAGUUCCGGGCAGAGUUCGAGCAGAAGUACUACCGGAGGCAAGAUCAGAGCCACCGUAUUACGGAAUUCCUUCGUCUUGAACAGGGAAACAUGACUGUUCGAGAGUACGAAGCGGAAUUCAACCGGCUGCUGAAGUAUGGAGGCCACCUAGUGCCAACUGAGGAGUACAAGAUCCAGAAAUUCAUUGCUGGGUUACGUGCUUCUUUCAGGAGAAUGAUCGAGUGCCAUGAGUACCCUACGUUGAGUCGGUGCAUCAACCAACUCGACAAGGUGGAACGCAGUGAGAAGGAGAGGAUGGAAGCCAAGAGACAAGACCGUGGACCCUACAGGAGAGUGCCAGUCAACCGUCCCCCGGUGAGAGUUGGACAGACGAGUCAACCCCGCGACAAGGGGAAGGCUCCGGCGUAUCGUCCCACGACCCCAGCUCAGCCAAUACAGUAUAGGAGGUCAUGUGCUAAGUGUGGUCUAGACCAUACUGGACCUUGUGGAAACACCAUGACGUGCUACCGUUGCGGUCAACCGUGGCAUUUUGCUGCCAGAUGCACGGCGAACAUAGCUCCUCAAGCCAACAACAAGCCACCGCGUCCGGCACAGAGGAGAUCGGGUAUUGCUCCGAGAGUUUAUGCUCUCACAGCUGAGGAGGAUGCGCAGGAGGAACCAUACACAGUGGAGGAGCCAUAUGCUGCAGAACCAUUGACCACCUACGAGGCCCCUGAUGAGGAUUAUCUGGAGGAAACCGACGUUGCUGCCAUCACAGGUAUCAUUUGCAUACACGAUGUUGCAUGCUUCACUUUGUUUGAUACAGGAGCUACACAUAGCUUCUUGAGUGAGAAAAAGGCAGACGAGUUGUCAAUCAUGGAGAUCGAUACGACUACACCUUUUAUGGUGUGUACACCUGCAGGACAGACUCUUCCAGUACAGGGGAUUUUGCAUUGCAUGCCCUUGACUAUCUGUGGGAGGAUGUUGACUGCAGAUCUUAUCAUCGUACCUAUCCGGGGUUACGACCUAAUACUGGGAAUGGAUUGGUUAUCGAAACAUCAAGCCCAGAUUGACUGUCGUCAGCGGACUAUUUGGUUCACUGAGGAGAGCGGAGGAUUCGAGUUCGUUGGGAACAGAUCACGGGAGGUGUACCCCAUCAUAUCAGCUCUGAAGGCUAACAAGAUGACCGAAAAAGGGAAUGAAGCCUUCCUGGUUGUAAUCACAGCAACCGAAGAAGCAGAAGCAAAACUGGAAGAUACUGCUGUGGUUCGGGAAUUUCCCGAUGUGUUUCCUGAUGAACUACCUGGACUACCACCAGAGCGGGAGGUAGACUUCUCCAUUGAGGUUGUGCCAGGAAUGGAGCUAAUAUCUAAGACUCCACAUCGGAUGGCUCCGACCGAGAUGGCAGAACUGAAGAAACAGUUGAACGAACUAAUGGAGACAGGGUUUAUCCGACCGAGCGUAUCACCGUGGGGAGCACCAGUGUUAUUUGUGAAGAAGAAGGAUGGUAGUAUGCGACUCUGCAUCGACUACCGAGGCCUGAACCAAGUGACCAUCAAGAAUCGGUACCCCUUGCCUAGAAUUGAUGAGCUGCUUGACCAACUGCAAGGAGCAAAGUGGUUUUCUAAAAUCGACCUACGUUCUGGGUAUUAUCAGAUUCGUGUAAAGGUUGAGGAUAUCCAGAAGACUGCCUUUUGA